AAUCUAAAUCAAUACAUAUUUACAAGCACGGCUAUAUUGUAGAGGGCAGUAAGAUUGCAAAUAUCUUUCCUAAAUUACGAAAAUAUACAAGAAAUCGGUAUAGUUACCUAAUCUCUAAAAAAAAGGGGCUGAUUUGGGACCGAAUGCCUGGUUAAUGAUUCACUCGUCUGUCAAAUUUACUGUGUACAGGGAAGCAGUGAGAAAGUAUUCCAGUCAGUGCCGUCCACCAGAGAAAAGCAACUGAAUUACGAACAGGAAACAUGCACACUAACCACAGCUUCAGCAGCAGGUCCUCACUAUUACCAAAGAUAAGGAGUCAAGGUUGUCCACACAAUGCUCACGUGAACAACAGAGAGGAUUUGCCUAAAAUGUGGUUACCAGCAGGCAGCAGGGACGUCCACUGCCCUGUGUGUUUACAGAUGGCCAGCUAUCCUGUGGAGACCAACUGUGGGCAUCUUUUCUGUGCACCAUGUCUGAUAUCCUACUGGAAACACUGCUCCUGGUUAGAUGCCAUCAGCUGUCCUCUGUGCAGACAAACGGUGAAUAAGAUGUGCCACCUUUUCAGCGAGAACAAGACUGACUGUAAAGAGAGAGAAGUGCUGAGACACGUGAGAGACUAUAACAAGCGCUACUCUGGUGCACCAAGACAGGUAAAGGAUUACCUGUGUGAUGCUCCGCUCUUCCUGCUGGUUCUGGUCAGGGGGCUGGGCAACAUGGGUGGCCUGGUGUGGCUGUUUCUCCUGCGGGUGGCAGUGUGUGGAUUUGGUGCUGCCAUGUCGUUGGCUUCCCCGCUGGUGGCCCUUCCUGGGCCGCUGAGCAGUGCGCUGGGCAUGCUGGAUGAUUUCGUUGUGGUCUUUCUUCUGCUCAUCUGCAUUAUUAACAUCAAUCAACAGAUGGGGCCCCAGAGGAACCGAACCCACUCGGUCACUCAGGGUGUGCUGACAGAUACAUUGUAAUAAUGUGCACAUUAGCAUGUUGAAAUGACGCUAAUCAACCUUGUUGGUUAACAGUGUUAUGACCUGCUGCACUUUGGUCUGGCUGAACAUGGAUUUUCAAUAAUGAGUCUGGAAUGGACAUACAGCACUAAAGACAAGAAGAGUUUGGAUGUUUUAAAACAUUUAAGGACAUUUUAAGUGUUUUAUUAAAGACAGGAUGUAAUAAAUGUGAACGGUUUUUUGUAAAUAUGCACGUUUCUAAUAAAUAUUUAU